AAAGGUAGAUCCCGCUCACCGGCGCAUUUUACCUCGGGCCUCCGCACGGUCCGCAGUCGGUCCCUCAACCACCCAAUCCGAACUCCCUUACUUACAAACCAGCUUUCUCCAUUUUCAAAAUAAAAAUCGUCUUCUCCGGAAAGUGCCCCGGUGAGAUUUGAGCGCUGCUUGUGAUCGAAUCGGGGAUUAAUUAUUUAUUAAAAAAAAGAGGCCGAAGUCUGGCGCGGAGUGUUGCUAGGGCAACGACUAGGCGCGAUUAUUCGCGUUGGUGUCUGCUGUAUUGGCUGUAUUCAUAGUGAACUUUAUGACCUGUGACUGUGGCAACCUGUGGUGAGUGCGACGACACGGCCAAGUGCUGAGGUGGUGUUUGUGGAUGAGAUUUGAGAAUAAUGCGGUAGGAUCAUGCAGAUCAAGGAAAGAUGGUUUCUUAUCGCGACGGCGGCUUUCUGCUUCCUAGGCGCGGUUUUCUGUGCCACGGACGCAACGGAUACAACGGACACGACCGAAACAUGGACCACGACGACCGGCGACUACGAAAUUCCAGGAGUCGAACCUCUACCCACCGUCCAAAUCCCAGCUAGCGAAGAUGUAGCGACGGUGGUCGAAACAAAAACUGAAUUUCCCACCAAAGAAGUAGAUUCAAAACCGUCAUUUGACGGCAAAAAGAAAAUUGUUAUUGAUUUUAAACCAAAAAAUGAGUUCAAAUACCAGAAACUCCUCAAAGAGGAGUCAGCCGUCGAAGAGACGACUACUUGGGAACCAACGACAGAAACCACCACUGUCGAGGAUUUCGAAACCACAACUGAAGAAGAAAAUAUGAUAGUUGAUCAAAAAAUGGUCAUGAUGGACCAAAAGCUAGAAAGUAACCUGACAAGCGGGAUUCCUCUCUUGGUCCAAGGGGUGCCAAAUGUGGUACCAACUCUCGAUGUAAUCCAAACUACUUCGUCUACUUCGACUACUUCGACUACUUCAACAACUUCAACAACUUCCACAACUUCGACAACUUCGACUACCGAAGCUCCUUUGGCGGUGAGCACUUCAACGACUGAAAGUCCCAAAAAGGAAGAAGAAGUGACGACAACAAUGGAAACAACUUCAUCGAGGGCGCGGGCCCUAAAUAUAUCCGCCCCUGAGCCGACAAACGCUUUGCAUGCGAACUUCACGGAUCUCAGUGACGUCAGUAUGGACGAUGAUGAUAAGGAAAUAGAAGGUGGCGAGUACAAUGCCCCACAAAACGAAACAAACGUGAAUAUUUCCCCGCUGUUGCUUCCAACAACUUCAAUUUGCAUCGAAGGUAAUAAAACCUACAAAGUAGGGGAAAAAAUUCUACGAGGUUGUGACGAAAGAUGUGUCUGUGGAGAAGCUGGAAAAAUUAUGGAUUGCAAACCUCUCUGCAUGAAUCCUUAUGUUAGAGCCGGAAGGGGAGUUCAAGAUCCUCUCUGUGAGGAGAAAUUAAUUGCUGAAGAACCGUGUUGUGCAAUCAUGGUCUGUGCUGAGGAUUCUGCAACAGAGCCGGAUGAAACUUGUAUCUUUGGAAACAAGACUUUAACAAGAGGUCAGAGAGUGGAAGAUGGAUGCUCAAAAACUUGCGUCUGCGAGGCUGGGGGUUCCUUAAAGUGUCAACCUAGAUGUCCACCGAACGACACAACUUCCGGUGUAACUCAACACGAUCGCUGUGUGGCCUUAACGGAUCCAAGUGAUACAUGCUGUACAAUUACCCUCUGUGAUGUAACCCUCGGGGACCAUGAGCUAAAACCCGAAAAUCCAGCAGAAAUUUCAGUCAACUUAACAGAUGUCAAGGUUCUGAACUCGACGGCGAUUAAACUGAAGUUGUCAACCAAGACACCUGAAAAUGUGACAAUUGAACUCUCUGAAGACAAUCACGUUUGGAGGCAGGUGAAACCGGACAAAGAGGGAAUCAUCUCUGGAUUGGAACCAGCUCACAGCUACUAUCUUCGAGUCAAUGAAAAUGGGCGCCUGGGUCAUGCUCUCCACGUCUCUUUAUUAGCAGAGGUAAUCAAGGCCAACAUUCCAGAAAAAUCUGACAAAAACAAUUGCAUCCAUCGAGGCAAGACUUAUAAGAUUGGUGCCGAGUGGUAUGACGAGUGCCUCUCUAUUUGCACUUGUGGCAAGGACGGAAAGACUGAUUGUUCAACGAUCGAAUGUCCAACAGACUUUGGACUAGAUGUCCUGGAUCCACACUGUCUGGAUUGGGAGACUGUACCUCCUGAUUUUGAGCCCAAAGCUCCCAAUUGUUGUCCUCAGGAAGUAAGAUGCAGAGACAAUGGCUCCUGCACUUACAGUGGCAAGGUCUAUGACAACUGGAGCCAACUUCCAGUCAACGUGACAGGAUGCGAAAAAAGAUGCUACUGUGAAAUGGGUAACCUUACCUGUUCAGAUGUCUGCCCUCCAGUAGCUGAUCAGCUAUCGUCCCUAGAGUGCCCCCCUCACCAAGCGACGUUAACUCACUUGCCAGGCGAUGAUUGCUGCAUGCACUGGGUCUGCAAAUCACCAAAUCUACCAGGAGUGAGCACGACCGCGAAUCUCGGUCCCUUAGACGCGAUCGGUGACGAUAGCAAAAAACCGAUUAACAAGUCGGAAAUGACCAGGCCCAUCCAGGAACCGGAGCGUGGUACCUACCCCUGGGAAGGUCCUAAAAAGUCACACAGUUUGAAACCUCCUCCUGACCACCAGGGUAUUUUCCAUCUUCCCAUGGACCCAGGUCAUCCCACUUCUCCUUACAAUGGUCCCUUCAAUCCUGAUUAUAAACCCACCUCACCCAGCGUCGAGCAAAUCUUCCAUUUGCCUCCCAACUCUGAAAAGACUGCACCUCCUCUCAAAGAAAAGACAAAAUCUAAAUCAGAUACUAAGAAACCUAUCGAUCCUGUGAAGCCCCACAAAGAGACUGCUGAACAAUAUCCAGGACCUUUUGCACCUGACAAGUUCCCUCUUGAAAACAAACAUCCCUCAAAGGAAGGUCAUGUUGAAGACCCGCAGUUCAUUCCUCUCGAUACUCAUGAUCAAUCCUCCGGUCCAGCCUUUGACUUCAGCCCUGCUAAUGGGGAGAACAUCCCACCCAAUCAUUUUGAUUCCCAGUUUGAAAAUCCAGCUGCUGGACCUCCUUAUCGAGGACCUGGUAAAUCUGAAGCGAAUGAUCCCAACUUGGUAAUCCCCUCGCCUCCGAAGAAGAAAGAUUCAUCAGCUAAUGACGGGAAAGUCAAACCUCAAGUACAGAAGAAUCCCAAUAUUCAUGAGGAUCAGUAUCAUCCAUUCAUUCACCCCAUAUCCCAACAUCCUGGCUUGAUCGAACUCGAACAUGGUCCUCCGCAAGGACACCCAGGUCUCUACGACCUCCACAAAAAAAUUGUUGGCCAGAAGAACCCACCUGUGAACCAAAUCCCUCCUUUCUAUGGAAACAAUGAUCCCCUGCCUCCCAAGAAGGCAUCUAAGCCACAUAUCUUUACUCAGCAGAAUGAAAACGGGGAGACCACGAUUCAUAUUCAUACACCGGAUAUUCCCAGCUCUCCGGAGCAAAUCGAAGAAUUGUUGUUGACGCACAUUGGUCCCCAUGACCCUAACCAUCCCUUCCCACAUUAUCAUGAUCCCGAGGGUAUUUCCCACAACGUGCCGGGACUUACCCCACCUCCUUUGUCUCACCCUGCCGAUCAUGUUUCGCAACCUGGACUCACGCACUUGAACCAUCCGUUCGCAGCACACACGCCCAACCAGUCAGGACCCGAACAUGGAAUCCAUCAAGGUUUCCCAAUUUCUGGUCCACCACCAGGAUUCAAUGGUCAAGUGGGUCAACAGGAAGUCACUGUUCAAGCUUUAGAAGCUCUUGAUGAACACACUGUUCGAUUAGUCUUCACUGUUCCAGCUAUUUUUGUCGGUCUUCAUGGAAGAGUCGAACUUCGCUACACCGGAGACAAAACGAACUUUGAACCAGCCACUUGGAAGUCUCAAGAGUUUGCACCACCAGAUGAUCUGAUUGCGACUCAACAGCUGGAAUUCGAGUUGGGAGACUUAAAACCUUCGACAGAAUAUAAGGUCCAGAUUAUAGUCAAGCUCCACAAGCUGAACAACACUCCUAUCUACAGCAAAAUCUACAGCGUGAGAACCCUGGAAAAGGUUCCAGAAGUUUCGACUCUGCCUCCACAAAUUCCAAUCGACGCGGAGCUCAGGAUCCAGGACAUCAACUCCACCUGGGUCAAUGUUCACUGGAAGACUCUGUCUGACUAUGAACUUCAAUUUAUAGACGGAAUUCAGCUGAGAUAUAAGGAACCUGAUAGCAAGAUUUAUAUCACAACGCCUAUGAUUCACAGGAAGGUGACAAACUAUGAGAUUGAAAAUCUGAAGUCUUCAACGAAAUAUGAAGUUCAGAUUAUAUUCAUACCUUUCCCUGGACAGACAACUGAGCUGAUCAGCGAUAAGAAGAUUCACUUCACCACAUCGGAAGAACCAGAUCCUUAUUUCUUCAGCGUAAGGGCCAAUGUCGACGAAAGAAAAUCCCAAGAGGUCGACAUUUCCUGGAGUGGAGUGCCAUAUCCUGAAGAUAAAUACGUCAAUAUCUACAGGGCGAUUUAUCAAAGUGAUACCGGAAAAGAAGACACCAGUGUCUUCAAAAUUGCCAAGAGGGAUUCUCCUGCGAAGACGACUAUCAGAGACCUGAAACCAGGAACCAGAUAUCGAUUGUGGAUUGAGGUCUACCUCACAAACGGAAAGAUCAAGAAGAGCAACGUCCUCGACUUCAGCACCAAGCCCGGUGGCCCUGCAUAUUCAGGAAAAUUAGCAUCGAUACCACUUCACGAUGGGGAUUAUUAUGGACCACUGGUGAUAGUCGCGAUAGUGGCUUCUCUCGCAAUUUUGUCUACUCUUAUUCUGCUGAUGAUGCUCAUGAAAAGAAGAACCAGUAGUAAGGCUGAUAUUUCGCCUCGAAAAACAACUUCGGCCUAUGACAACCCUUCCUACAAGGUAGAAUUACAACAAGAAACUAUGGACUUGUGAGGACGCAGUGACAAUAAGUAACGGGCGAAAUAAACCAGCCGAGCACGAAAUGGCCACAAUAAACUCAAGUGCCAAUGGCAAAGAAUCGGCCUAAAUCGCCAAACUUAUUAUUUAUUUACCACCAAGCGUAUACGAUACGUUAAUUAAAUCCGUCCAAUCAACUCUCGAGUUGUGGUUUUUUUUAUCGAGACCGGUUGAGAUUUUUGAUAAAAAUCCGAAAAAAAUCGACAGAUGUCGAUUGUGUCAGAGAUUCAGAUACUGUGACGCUGAAGUCAAGUUGAAAUCAAAUCACAAUUGUGUUUGAAUCUGGGUCUGAAAGUUCAUUGUAUGAAAGUCUGUAAAUAGAAUUCAUCUGCAAUAUUUAAGUCUUCACGAAACUUACAUUUAGAGAAAGAAAAAGUAUUCGUUUCCUACUUAUAAAUUCUAGGAAUUAAGUAAAAUGAUAGAUAAGUCAAAUUAUAUAUAAGCAAAAUUAAAUGUAAGCGAAAUGAUAAAUAAGAAUAAUUUUAUACAUAUAUAAGCAAAAUUUUAUAUAAUUAUAAGCAAAAUUCUAUGCAAGUUUACAACUGACGACUAUAAUCUUUAAUCACUGUUUAGCAAAUUCGUUGUAUCUUUUACAAAUUUUUUUACUACUCCAUUUCAAUUUUUAAUUAUAGAUUAUACAGAUUUUAUUGAAUAUUAACGAAUAUUUUAUAUUCUAGUGAUUAAGGAUAUUAUUGGAUCCAUAAUCUUAGAACAAAUUUUUGUACAGCUCUUAGAUGUAUCCUUAGAUUUUAAGGAUCUAAUAAAACCAGUAUCGAAAAUUGAGAUUUUUUAAUGAGAGAGUUUAAAGAUCUUAAAAUUUAAGUAUGGACCUGCGGUCUCCAAGACCGAACCCUACUUCUAAUAUGUAAGUCCCUCCUCCCUGAGCAUUCUUGUGGCCGUGCGGUUCGUAAUACCGCACGGCGAUGGUAGCAUCAUAAUCUUAUAUUCCCUUUUUAAAUUGUUUGAAGUUAUUUGAAACGCAAGAUUACACACACAAACUAACUUUAGAUUGAUGUGUGUAUCCCACAAUGUGUAAGGUGACCGUUACAAAAAAUUUGCACGUCCCGAUUAUCCCUAAUUUGAGC